CUUUGAUCUAGUCGAAUUAUUAGAUCGAGUUCGUCAAAGAGUAGUAUUGAUAUUUUAGGCUAGACCAAUAAAAAAAAUCUGACAUUAUAUAUUGACCAAUCUAAUAUUAUUUGAUAACUAUGAUUCGAUAUUAAAUUAUUAGAAAAAUUUUUGAAAAAUCCAUAUUGGGAGGUCGAAAUAAAUUACAUUACGAUCUGAAACUGUUGAACGAAGCAUUUAAACAUGUCGAAAAGUAAUACAAGCACAGUGACAUUGUCCAAGGGAAUCCUAGAAAUGAAGUUUAUGAAAAAAACAAAGGAGAAAGUAGAGAAGCAAUUGUAUCAAGAGGAAGGAGAAGAAUAUUUUGGAAGUCACCUCACUACCUGUAUGAAACAAAAAUCCGGAAAAUUCAUUAUUGAACCAAGCUAUGUUUUUUGUGAAAAUUUAAUUGACGGCAGAGUAAGUUUUAAUGGAAUGAAUCCUGAAAUAGAAAGGCUCAUGGAAUUGGAGCAAGAAACGAAUCAACCUAAGGCAGCGAAGGAAGAGUGCGAUGUUAGCGAUGAACAAAUGGCGAAGUGUUUAAUACUCUCUAAAGAAAAUUCAGUUAAAGAAGAUAAAACAAAACAUAAAAAUAAAAAAAGGUCACAAGAAGCAUCCCAUGAAGAACUUAUUAAAAAGAAACCAAAGUUUUUGAAACCUAUGGAUUAGGGAAUUAAACUUUCUAAGUAUGUAUUCGUUAUUUUAUGUAUGUACAUAUGAUUAAAUGAUUUUUUGUAUUAA